UUUUUGAGUCACUAAUUCCACAAGGGCUUCACUGUGUUGUUUUUCUUGGCAGGAUCAAGCAAAGACCAGCUGGUAGCUUGAGAGCAUGGGAUCCUGAAACAGCUUACCUCACCAGAUGUGAUUUUAACAACAACUCAAGACCAUUUUGUGACUGGACCCAGCCUUGCAAUCCCAACCAGGGAUUGUGGAUACGAACCAAGCAUGAUACUCCGACUGAUGGAACGGGUCCUGAUGGAGACUAUCCUGACGGAAAAGGCUAUUUCAUCUACCAAGAAGCAAGUAAUCUGAUCCCAUUUGACACUAACAGACUUGAGAGCCCAGAUAUUAUAGUGUCUGAAAAAAUAUGCAUAGAUUUCUGGUACUAUAUGUUUGGGUCAGAAGAAAUGAAUGAGCUGAGAGUGCUUAUCCAAGACAGCAUGGGCGAGUCUGCAGUGUGGAGUCAGAAAGGAAGCCAAAAUUCCUUGUGGAACUAUGGUGCCAUCACUCAUAGUUUUCUAACAGAGAGAAAGAUAAAGGUAAUUUUUGAGGCUGUCCGAGGACUGACAGAGUAUGGGGAUACGGCACUGGACAAUGUGAGAGUAAGGGAUGGAUCCUGUGAAGCUGUCGCUACCCCUGUACCACCAACAACUGCACCAACAGAAUCUACACCAUCUUCAGUGACAGAAGCAAUUUGCAGUAUACAUGGAGAUCCUCACUAUGACACAUUUGACAAGCAGCUUCAUGACUUUAUGGGCACCUGCACUUAUACCCUCUCCAAGCUGUGCGAGAGCAACAGUUCGCUGCCCUAUUUCAACAUAGAAGCAGCCAAUGAGCACAGGGGAGGCAACACUCGCGUGUCUUACAUCCAAUACGUGGAUGUUGAUGUGUAUGGCUACAGGAUUAAUCUGGGUAAAAACAGAGUUGUUAAGGUUAAUGGAGUCAGCCAGGUGCUCCCUCUGACCUUGGUGCAGGGUGUCAGUAUUUCCCUCAGUGGGCAGUAUGUGGUGGUUACUACUGACUUUGGGCUGAAUGUCAGGUUUGAUGGAAAUCACAGAGCACAAAUCACUAUUCCCAGUACCUAUAUGUCUAAAGUUUGUGGAAUAUGUGGAAAUUAUAAUGGGCACAAGGCAGAUGACUUCCUUAACCCAGAUGGAGAGAUGGAAACAAACUCAGCCAGCCUUGGCAACAGUUGGCAAGUUUACAAUGAUUCCAGGUGCUUGCCAGAUGAUGGUCAUACUCCAAGUUGCACUGCUGAUGAAAAACAUGUCAUCCAAAGCAAUGAAUAUUGUGGUCUGAUCACAGAUCCCAGUGGUCCAUUCCAGAAUUGCCACUCAGUAAUUGAUCCACAGAGUUAUUCUAAAGCCUGCCAGUAUGAUCUCUGUGAACUUCAUUUGAACAAUGCAGCCCUCUGCCAAAACCUGCAGGCUUAUGCAGACAUGUGCCAAUCUGCAGGAGUCCAGCUGACACCGUGGAGAAAUGCAACCUUCUGCCCAUUAGCCUGUCCAGUCAACAGUCACUAUGAGCCAUGUGCUGCAGCCUGCCCUGCCACCUGUGUGGACCCAAUAGCACCAUACAGCUGCAACCUGCCGUGCGUGGAGGGCUGUGUGUGCGACAGCGGGUACCUGCUCUACAAUGACCAGUGCGUGGCCAGCCAGCAGUGUGGGUGCUGGCACAACGGGCAGCACUACCCCGUGGGCUCUGAGUUCUGGACAGACAACACCUGCUCGUCAAAGUGCACGUGUCCCGCGCGGGGAAGCAAAGUCCAGUGCUUUAACGCCUCAUGCCCUGCGGGCCAGUUCUGUGGGGUGCAGGAUGGGAGACCCGAGUGCCUCGAGCAAUCCUACGGCAUCUGCCAUGUCCACGGUGACCCUCACUACAACACCUUUGACAAGGUGACGCACAACUUCAUGGGCAACUGCACCUACACCCUGGCCAAAGUGUGCUCCAACACCACCUCCCUGCCCUACUUCAACGUUGAGGCCAAGAACGAGCAUCGUGGGAACACCAGAGUGUCCUAUGUGCGCAAAGUCCUGGUUGAGGUGUACGGGGAGCGCAUUGCCAUUGUCAAGCAGGAGAAGAGCCAAGUGCUGGUGAACAAUGUGCGCCAGACCUUGCCGGUGAGUGCAGCGGGAGGUGCCAUCACGGUGAGCAGGAGUGGCCGCUACAUUGUCCUGGAGACAGACUUCGACCUCAGAGUGUCCUACGACACUGACCACUCGGUGGAGGUGAAGGUGCCCACCACCUACUUCAACCUGACCUGUGGCAUGUGUGGGAACUUCAACAACCGUAGGGAGGACGAUUACAUGAUGCCCAACGGGCAGCAAGCCGCAGACUCCAAUGAGCUGGGGGAGAGCUGGCAGGUCCCAGAGAGUGACUCACCUUGCGGUGUCCCCGACCCCUCCCCACCCUGCAGUGCAGAAGAGGAGAAGCUCUACGGAUCGGACCAGUUCUGCGGCAUGCUGACCGCCAGUCCUGGCUCUUUUGAGAAGUGCCACGCUGUGAUCAACCCGCAGAGCUACUUUGAGACCUGCCUCUAUGACCUGUGUGCCCUGAAUGGUGGCCAGGAGGUGCUGUGUGCUGCUCUGGAGGCCUACGCUGACGCCUGCCAAGCAGCCGGUGUGACUCUUCUUCCCUGGCGGAAUGCGACCUUCUGCCCUGUUGCAUGCCCUCCCAAUAGUCAUUACAAUCCAUGCACCAGUGCUUGUCCAGCAACCUGCAUUGACCCUCUUGCAUCAAAGAACUGCAGCAGACCUUGUCUAGAAGGAUGUGAAUGCAGCAAUGGUUUUGUCAUCAGUGGUGGAGAGUGUGUGUCCAUGAGCAACUGUGGCUGCCUUCAUAAUGGCAGAUAUUAUGAGAAAGGAGAAGCCUUUUGGCAAACAAACUGUGCAGGCCAAUGUAUAUGCGCUGGAAAUGGCACUGUAGUUUGCAAUUCAGACACUUGUGAAGUAAACGAAGUUUGCAAGGUGCAGAAUGGACUCCUGGGAUGUUAUCCAUUGAAUCCCAGCACCUGCCACAUUUUUGGGGAUCCACAUUAUAUAACCUUUGAUGGGAGACUCUAUCAUUUCCAAGGAGACUGCAAUUAUACUGUCAUUGAGACAUGCACAAAUUCUUCUGAAAGGUUUUCAGUGACAACGAGAAAUGAACAUAGAGGAAACCCGAACUGGACUGCCUUGAACUCAGUUGCUGUCACACUGAAAAAUCUUCAUAUUGUUUUGCAGAAAAAUAAAGAAACCUAUGUGAAUGGAGUUCGGGUUUAUCUUCCUGUGGAUUUGAAUCAUGGAGCCAGAGUAGCUAUAAAAGGACAUUAUGUGGUCAUUGAUACCUCUGUAGGGAUACAGGUUAAGUUUGAUGGUGACCAGGAGCUUUUCAUUCUGGCUGACGAAAGCCUCAAAGGACAGCUGUGUGGUCUGUGUGGGACAUUCAAUGACAACCAACUGGAUGAUUUUCUAAGACCAGAUAAAGUCAUAGAACAGGAUCCAAAUAAAUUUGGUGACAGCUGGUUAGUGAAGGAUGACAACAGGACGUGUAGUCCAGUUGCAGUUGUACCACCUACUUGUGACACAGCAAAAGAGAAAGAAUAUGAAGAACUCUGCAAAACUAUUUUGAAAAAUAGUGGGCCUUUUCAGGUCUGCCAUUGGCACAUUCCCCCACAGCUGUACUUUGAGAGCUGUGUCUAUGACAUGUGUGCUACAGAGGGGAAUUCUGAUCAGUUUUGCCAGAUUUUAGAGGCAUAUGCUGCUGCUUGUGAACUUAGAGGUGUAAAUCUGGGUGAAUGGAAGAAAGAUACCAUCUGUGCUGCACCAACAGCCUGCAAUAUGUCCUGUACAUUUGAUGUCGACUUCUGUGAGUGGAAACAGGCUACCAGUGACAACUUUGACUGGACAAGGCACAAGGGGCCAACACCCACACCAAAUACUGGCCCUUCCCAUGACCACACAACUGGAGAGGGCUACUAUAUCUACCUGCAAGGAAGUAAACAAGAACCGGGUGAGGUAGCACAAUUGGUCAGUCCAGUGUGCAGUUCAGAAGGACCACACUGCUUCCGCUUCUGGUAUCACAUGUACGGAGAGGCUGAAGCAAUGGCUCUGCGGGUGUAUGUAGUUAACAAUGAAACAUCAACACUGGAAUGGAAAGAGGCUGGAAACAAAGGGGACAGAUGGAACUUGGGAGAGGUCACGGUGCACAUCAAAGGAAACAUGCAGAUUGUCCUGGAGGGCAUGAUAGGUGAAGAUUUCCAGAGCGAUAUAGCAUUGGAUGAUCUGUCCAUUGAAAAAGGAUACUGCACAGGAGAUGUAACACCAACAACACCAGGUACCAUUAUCACAUCACCUUCAGAAGACAAAACCACAUCAGCACCCAUGCCAGGCUCAGGGACCUGUGUGGUAGAAGGAGACCCUCACUACCACACGUUUGACAAUCAGCUGCACCACUUCAUGGGCACCUGCACUUACACCCUCUCUAAGCUGUGCGAGAGCAACAGUUCUCUGCCCUACUUCAACGUGGAAGCAGCCAACGAGCACAGGGGAGGCAACAUUCGCGUGUCCUACGUCCAAUAUGUGGAUGUCGAUGUGGCUGGCCAGCGGAUAAGGCUGGGGAAGGGUGGUUCGGUGACGGUCAAUGGAGUGGCAGAGGUCCUGCCUUGCACCCCAUCCGCAGGUGUGCAGGUCUCGGCCAGUGGGUUCUACACUGUGGUCACAACAGACUUUGGCUUGAAAGUGAAGUUUGAUGGGAGCCAUCGGGUGGAGGUGACGCUUCCGAGCACCUUUGGGCAGAAGGUGUGUGGCAUGUGUGGCAACUUCAACGGGAUGGCAUCAGAUGACUUCCUGAACCCGGAAGGGGUGCUGGAGCCAGACUCCACCAGCCUGGGCAACAGCUGGCAGGUGUCCAACGACAGCAGCUGCUCAGCCGGACCACUCCCCACCCCAGCCUGCAGUGAGACAGACAAGGAAGUCAUAGCCAGCAGCCACUUCUGUGGGCUCCUCACCGACAGCGGCGGCCCGUUCCAGAUGUGCCACGCUGUGCUGAGCCCCAGCAGUUACUUUGACACCUGCUCUUAUGACCUGUGCGAGCUGGAGCUGGACCACGAAGCCCUGUGCAAGAGCUUGCAGUCCUACGCGGAUGCCUGCCAGUCGCUUGGUGUCAAGAUACCUGUGUGGAGGAACGCAACCUUCUGCCCUGUCACCUGUCCAGCCAACAGUCACUACGAGCCGUGUGCUGCAGCCUGCCCUGCCACCUGUGUUGAUCCCAUGGCUCCUGCCAGCUGCAGCCUGCCGUGCGUGGAGGGCUGUGUGUGCGACAGCGGGUACCUGCUCUACAAUGACCAGUGCGUGGCCAGCCAGCAGUGUGGGUGCUGGCACAACGGGCAGCACUACCCCGUGGGCUCUGAGUUCUGGACAGACAACACCUGCUCGUCAAAGUGCACGUGUCCCGCGCGGGGAAGCAAAGUCCAGUGCUUUAACGCCUCAUGCCCUGCGGGCCAGUUCUGUGGGGUGCAGGAUGGGAGACCCGAGUGCCUCGAGCAAUCCUACGGCAUCUGCCAUGUCCACGGUGACCCUCACUACAACACCUUUGACAAGGUGACGCACAACUUCAUGGGCAACUGCACCUACACCCUGGCCAAAGUGUGCUCCAACACCACCUCCCUGCCCUACUUCAACGUUGAGGCCAAGAACGAGCAUCGUGGGAACACCAGAGUGUCCUAUGUGCGCAAAGUCCUGGUUGAGGUGUACGGGGAGCGCAUUGCCAUUGUCAAGCAGGAGAAGAGCCAAGUGCUGGUGAACAAUGUGCGCCAGACCUUGCCGGUGAGUGCAGCGGGAGGUGCCAUCACGGUGAGCAGGAGUGGCCGCUACAUUGUCCUGGAGACAGACUUCGACCUCAGAGUGUCCUACGACACUGACCACUCGGUGGAGGUGAAGGUGCCCACCACCUACUUCAACCUGACCUGUGGCAUGUGUGGGAACUUCAACAACCGUAGGGAGGACGAUUACAUGAUGCCCAACGGGCAGCAAGCCGCAGACUCCAAUGAGCUGGGGGAGAGCUGGCAGGUCCCAGAGAGUGACUCACCUUGCGGUGUCCCCGACCCCUCCCCACCCUGCAGUGCAGAAGAGGAGAAGCUCUACGGAUCGGACCAGUUCUGCGGCAUGCUGACCGCCAGUCCUGGCUCUUUUGAGAAGUGCCACGCUGUGAUCAACCCGCAGAGCUACUUUGAGACCUGCCUCUAUGACCUGUGUGCCCUGAAUGGUGGCCAGGAGGUGCUGUGUGCUGCUCUGGAGGCCUACGCUGACGCCUGCCAAGCAGCCGGUGUGACUCUUCUUCCCUGGCGGAAUGCGACCUUCUGCCCCCUGCUGUGCCCCGACAACAGCUACUAUGACCCUUGCAUGACUGGCUGUCCUGCCACCUGUGUUGACCGACAAGCCCCGCAGAACUGCUCCAAGCCCUGCAUGGAGGGCUGCGCAUGUACCUCUGGCUUCCUUCUCAGCGGAGACACGUGUGUGCCCGAGGCCCACUGUGGCUGCCUCUUUGAGGGCAACUACUACAGCGAAGGCGAGUAUUCUGUGAGCGAGGACUGUGCUCGCCAGUGCCGCUGUGAAGCCAAGGGCCAGAUGGUUUGCUCUCCGUUGUCCUGUGGUGAGGAUGAGGUCUGCAAGAUCCAGGACGGCCAGAGGGGCUGCUACCCAGCCAGCACCGCUCUCUGCCACAUCUAUGGCGACCCGCAUUACAGCACCUUCGAUGGGAAGCUUCACCACUUCCAGGGCUCUUGCAACUACACAGUGGUGACAGGCUGUGACAACUCCUCCGCUGGGUUCAGUGUCACCACCCGCAACGAACAUCGUGGCAGCCUGAGCUGGACAGCUCUGAACUCGGUGGCACUGUCCAUGGAAGGCCUCCACAUUGCCCUGCGCGAGAACAAGGCGGUCUACAUCAACGGUGCUCUGGCCUCCCUGCCUGCUUCUCCUGCCCCCGGUGUAAACAUUUCCCUGAGUGGCUCCUACGUGUGGGUUUCUACCGAGCUGGGCCUGCAGCUGCUGUUCAAUGGGGAUGAUGAGCUCCUAGUGAAGGUGUCUGAGAAGCACAAGGGCAAGCUGUGUGGGCUGUGUGGGACGUACACUGGGAACCAGCAAGAUGACUUCAUGCGACCUGAUGGGGUUGUCGUGCCUGACUUCAAUGACUUUGGGGCCAGCUGGAUGGUGCCGGAUGAUGAAUGGCCGUGUGACCCAGCCAUCAACCCGCCCCCGUCCUGCUCCCCCUCUGAGGAGGAGGCAGCUAACAAGCAGUGUGCAAUCCUCACGCAACUUGGUGGCCCGUUCCAGCCAUGCCAUGCAGUUGUACCACCCAAGACGUACUUUGAGAGCUGUGUCUAUGACCAGUGUGCCACGGGCGGCAGCACUGAGCAGCUCUGCAAUGACUUGGAGGCCUAUGCUGCAGCGUGUGCCGAGGCAGGCGUUGCCCUGGGAGACUGGAGUGCUGGCACUGUCUGUGCAGCUCCUACAACCUCGUCCCCGUUGCCAGGCACCUCAACGCGGCCUCCACAUACAACAAGAUCACCAGCGCCUGGGACGAGCACAGCUCCCACAGCAGACUGCAAUUUUGAUUGCACAUUCGACAACGACUUCUGCGAGUGGGUCCAGGCAGAUUACAGCAGCAUUGACUGGAUGAGGAACAAGGGUCCGACACCCACGCAAGAUACGGGUCCGUCCUCUGACCACACGACGGGAGACGGCUACUACAUCUACCUGCAAGGGAGCAAUGCCCUCCCUGGCUUUGUGGCUCAGCUGGUCAGUCCGGUGUGCAGUUCAGAAGGACCACACUGCUUCCGCUUCUGGUAUCACAUGUACGGAGCGGCUGAAACAAUGGCCCUGCGGGUGUACGUGGUUAAGGACGAAGACCUAGAGCUGGUCUGGAGCAGCGUUGGGAACCAUGGGGACAGAUGGAACAUGGGAGAGGUCACAGUGCACAGCACAGGAAACAUGCAGAUUGUCCUGGAGGGUGAAUGGGGUGAAAAUAUCCGCAGUGACGUAGCGUUGGAUGAUCUGUCCAUCGAAGAAGGAUCCUGCGAAGAUCCAUCGACACCAAAACCCACGCUCCCCUUGCCAGGAACUACAACACAGCCUCCACGCACGCCGUCACCACCAAGACCCACACCGAGUUCAGGUCCAUCCACCGGAGAACCUGGGACCACCUUGCCAAACACAACUCAGCUUCCUCACACACCAAGACCCACACCAAGCUCAGGUCCAUCCACCGGAGAACCUGGGACUGCCUUGCCAAGCACAACACAACCUCCUCAUACACCAGGACCCACACCAAGCUCAGGUCCAUCCACCGGAGAACCUGGGACUGCCUUGCCUAGAACAACACAGCCUCCUCAUACAUCAAGACCCACACCAAGCUCAGGUCCAUCCACUGGAGAACCUGGGACUGCCUUGCCAAGCACAACACAACCUCCUCAUACACCAAGACCCACACCAAGCUCAGGUCCAUCCCCCGGAGAACCUGGGACUGCCUUGCCUAGCACAACACAACCUCCUCAUGCAUCAAGACCCACACCAAGCUCAGGCCGUGCUUUCUGCAGUGCCUCUGGGGAUCCACAUUAUAACACUUUUGACCACAGAGUUCAUAAUUUCAUGGGAAAUUGCACUUACACCCUCUCCAAAGUGUGCAACAUCUCUGAGGGGCUUCCAUACUUUGAUGUAUCCACAACGAAUGAACACAGAGGAGCCAACACCAAAGUCUCUUAUGUGAAGUCAGUGCAAGUGGAAGUCUAUGGCAACCAUAUAUCUUUGCUGAAAACCAGGAAAGUGAAUGUGAAUGGCAGCAGGAUGAACCUGCCUGUAUAUAUUGAAAAGAAGAUCAGUAUUCAAAGCACUGGUGGAUAUGUUCUCUUGGAAACUGACUUUGGACUGUGGGUGAGAUAUGAUGGAAAUCACUACGCAGAAAUCUCUGUGCCUUCUGAUUACAGUGGUCUGCUCUGUGGCCUCUGUGGUAAUUAUAAUGGUGAUCCAAAUGAUGACAACAGAAAGCCCAAUGGUGACAUUGCAAGUGGUUCCACUGAUCUUGGACAAAGCUGGCUUGUGCCUGAGAAUAACACCAUAUGCUCCAGUGGAACAAACCAGCAGUGUGAUCCUGUGCUGGAGAGUGAAGCAAAGAAGAACACAGCAUGUGGCAUGAUCACAGACCCAACAGGAAUCUUCAAGGACUGUCAUUCCAGAGUGCUUCCAGAUAAUUUCUUUGACAACUGUGUUUAUGACAUGUGUUUCACUGAUGGACAGGCAACAUCCUUAUGCUAUGGACUGCAGGCCUAUGCUGAGUCAUGUAUCAAUGCUGGGAUAUGCAUAGAGUGGAGGAAUGCUACACUUUGCCCAAUGUCCUGUUCUGGAGGCAGCAUCUACAAGAGCUGUGGUACUAGGUGUCCCUCUACCUGUUUGAACAUCUCAGCAGCUGAUUCAUGCAGUUCCUUGCCAGUGGAAGGUUGCUUCUGUAAGGAAGGCUAUGUUUUGAGUGGAGACAAAUGUGUGCCAGAAAACAGCUGCGGUUGUGUUGAUGAAAAAAACCGGUAUCAUCAGCUGGAUGAAAGCUGGUUUACCAGUUAUCCCUGCACUGAACGCUGCACCUGCAAGGCUAAUAACACCAUCAAAUGCACAUCCUGGGAGUGUGGAGUCCAAGAGGAAUGCAGUAUUCAGGAUGGAGUACUGGGAUGUCAUUCCAAUGGCCAAGCAACAUGUCAAGUGGCAGGAGAUCCCCACUAUUUCACUUUUGAUGGAAUGAUGUACACUUUUGUGGGUACCUGCACCUACACCUUGGUUGAAGUUGUCAACACCAACAGUGUUAUUCCUAUAACCAUCCUUGGCAAGAAUGAAGACAGAGGACUAAGAGGGGCCACAUACCUGAAAGAAGUCUACAUAGAUGUGUAUGGUGUACGAAUCACCCUUCAGAAAAACCAAGGAAUCCUGCUGAACAAUGAGAGAGUCUACACUCCAUUGGAGAACCGGUUGCAAGGCGUGUCCAUUGGAAAUGUUGGCAGAUUUAUAGUAGUGGAAACUGACUUUGGUGUGAUAGUAAAAUAUGAUGGCAAUCACUACCUGGAAAUCACUCUCCCACAGUCUUAUUUCUCAAAGGUACAUGGCAUGUGUGGUAAUUUCAAUGAUAAUCGUGAAGAUGAUCUGUCCUUGCCCAAUGGUACACUCGUCAGUGUCCCACAGUUUGGAAAUAGCUGGGAAGUGGAGGAAGACAGUGAUGAAGGUUGUUUAUCAGACUUAAGAGAAGAUGAUGUUCCUCCUUGCAUUUCUGAGAGUAAACCAGUCCUUGAAAGCCAGUGCAAUGUCCUAAAAUCAGACAAUUUCAAAGCAUGUCACGAUCUAGUCAAGCCUGAAGACUUCAUACAGAUCUGCAUCUAUGACAUGUGCCAGUAUGAUGGCAUGAAGUCUGCCCUCUGUGACAUAGUUCAAGCCUAUGUAGACACCUGCAGCAAUCAUGGAAUCACCAUUAAAUGGAGGAAUAGCACGUUCUGUCCAUUGCCCUGUCCAUCCCACAGCCAUUACACAGACUGUGUCUCCCUGUGCCCAUCAACAUGCAACGACAUUUUUGCUUCUUCCCUUUGUGAGAAGACAGAAGAGUGCACAGAGGGCUGUGAAUGUGAUGAUAACUAUGUACUCAGUAGUGGCAAGUGUGUACCUCUGAGCAAUUGUGGCUGCAGGGAUGAUGACGACAAUUACUACACUGCUGGGGAGACCUGGAUAACUCCACACUGCACCAAAAGAUGCACAUGUCAGAAGAAUGGUGUCAUUAGAUGUGACAACUAUAGCUGCGAUUCUAAAGAAAUCUGCGUGAUCAAAAAUGGAAAACACAAGUGCAACCCAACAGGUUUUGGGAAAUGCCAGAUCAUGGGCGAUCCACACUACGUCACCUUUGAUGGUCUAGUGCACCACUUUCAAGGGAAAUACACAUAUAUUCUGGUUCAGACCAUCCCUGACCUACCUGAUACCCUGACGCAGUUCAGCAUUGAAGGCAUGAACUAUCCUUUUCAUCGAAGUCGACACAUUACUAACCUGAAGGAGAUUCUUGUCAAUGUUUACAAUCACACAGUGCGAUUCAGGCAGAACAAGCAGCUUGUGUUGGAUGGUGUAAGAGUGAUACCACCUGCUCAUCCUCAUGAAGGUAUUCGUAUAUAUCAGAGGACAACAAGAAUUUACCUGGAAACAGAUUUUGGCUUAUACGUGAGCUUCGAUGGCAAUCAAAAUGCAGAUAUAAAGCUGGCCAACACCUACAGCAACAGAGUGGAAGGCUUGUGCGGUGACUUUGAUGGAAGAUAUAAAAAUGACUUCACAAAACCAGAUGGUGUUUGGGUGAAGAACGUAAAUACAUUUGGUGAGAGCUGGAAAGUUCCCGUGACAAGAACAACCUCUCGCCUCAGGCGAGAUGUCAACUCAGAAGAUGAGUCUGAGGAGGAACCAGAUCCAGGGCUCUUCCAAGGCUGCAGUGAAAAUAAGCUGGGACAAGAAAACAGAACUUCGAGAUGUCAUAUCCUGAUUGACUCGAAUGGUCCUUUUGUAAACUGUCACUCCAUGGUCUCACCAGAUUUCUAUUUCACGAGCUGCCUGUUUGAUAUGUGUGUGGAAGGAGAUGAGGAUGCUACCUUAUGUCGCAGUCUGGAGGAGUAUGUGCUGACUUGUCAGCUGCAAGGAGUCAGUAUGGAAGGCUGGAGGCAACAGACAGAUUGUGGUAUAUCAUGUCCUGCCAACAGCAACUACAGCUCAUGCAUGUCUGCAUGCCCAGCAUCCUGCAGUGACUUGACCAGCCCCUCUGAGUGUGAAUCACCUUGUCUUGAGGGCUGUGAAUGUCUCCCUGGCUAUGUUCUUAGUGGUUUUCAUUGUGUGCCUUACAGGCAAUGUGGCUGCACAUACCUUGACAAAUAUUAUGAGAUUGGAGAAAUAUUCACCACUGAUGACUGCUCUCAGAGAUGCCAGUGCACAGAAAGCUCCACUGUCUUCUGCUCAAACAUAGUGUGUGGAUCUGAUGAAAUCUGUGGCAUUUCAAAUUACAGUCGUGGAUGCUACAGGAGUGGACCAUGUAUGCCAAAUCCUUGUAAAAAUGAUGGAGUUUGCUCUGAAACUACUGACAGCACCUCUCUCUCCUUCCACUGUGAAUGUUCAGAACUGUACACAGGACAAACCUGCGAGGCAGAAAAGAGGGUCUCUGCCACAGAGGAUCCCGAGAACCACACGGUUGCCAUAGUCAUUGGAAUUGUGGCAGGUGUAGUUGUUGUCACCAUUCUCAUCUCCUCUGCAGUGUACCUGUACAGAAGGAAAAGAAAGAUGGAUACACAUGAGAUAUCAAGGAAUUCUUUGAAACAGCCCGGGAAUGUACUGGAUGACAGAGUACAUGAGCACAAUUAUGGCUGCAUUGUGAACAAUGCAUUUGAUCAAAAUGAAUCCCAAACUACAUACCUAUAGUUAGCAAUACUUUUCCAAUUAAUUUGUAUUACUUUCUGCUCUUGUAUUUUAAUAGUAUUUCUAAUAUUUUGAGAAUAAAUAAAUCAUUGCAUUUGCUGAAAA